AUGCCAAAAGCUGUUUUCACCUUCCUUCGUCUUUUUGUGCUCUUACUUGGUUUCUCCACUAUUUGUCUGGGAGUUCUUUGCAUUUCCACAAAUUCCUCCACAUGCAGAUGUGGAAACAAUGAGCUGGUGUUUUAUUGCCUUAUGGCUUUGGGGUUCUUUCUCCUUGUGACUGGCAUUUUCUGGAGCACGUUCCAUGAAGUCUUGAAAUACCGCGGCUGCAGCAGCACCUUCACUCAAAAUCCCAGCUGUAGAGAGCUCCGUGUCAGCACCAUAGACAGGCCUGACUUCUAUCCCCCCUCUUAUGAAGAGAGCACAGAUCCUGAGAAACAGACCUCACCACUGCCAGUUGCCUUCACACUGAAAGAGCAAGAGGUCAUCAAUAUCCCUCCACCCCCAUACAGUGAAAGCAGCGCAGAGUUCAUCAGUGAAACUAAUGAUCAGGAACAGCCACCAUCAUAUGAAUUAUCUGUGCAACAGCUACAGCAGCAGCAAACAG